AAGCGCACCAGCAGCAGCAAAAAAAAAAAGAUCAAAAGAAAAACAGCCAAAACACACGCAAAGUGAAAUGACUCGUCGUCGGUCGGCGGACAAACGUUCUUUCGUUAUUAUUAUUUAACCCGCUGCCGAGCACAGAUACUUCUCAGGUUUCUUCCCGCGGGACCUUCACCGGAGCGGCAUGAAGCGUACGGUUGUGUGCUUUUGAGUGCGCGAAGUUGAGAGUGUCCGAGUGUUGUUUUCAUCCCUCGUCUAAGAAACCUUCUCCUCCUCCACGUAAUAAUACACGGACAACAGCAUCCUUUCCUCCCGUGUGUGCUUUUGCUGUUUUGCGCAUUUACACCGUAUCUUCCGCGAUCGAAUCUUACGUUUCGUUUCUAAUCGUGUGCAAACACAGCCACAGCCGCGUUUUCAUAAUCUUUCCGGUAUUGCACAGCGUGAAGCUGGGUGGAUAUCUAAGCCUCAUCAUGGACAACAAUAUCGAAGGGGAGGAGGUGGAGUUCCGCAAACACGCCAAGUACUUUAUACGAUUUCUACACACACUGCCGGGUCGGUUGGCGUCGCACGAUUCCACUCGAGUAACCAUAGCCUUCUUUGCUGUCAGCGGGCUGGACGUGCUGGACUCGCUGCACAUGCUGACCGACACCUUCCAGCAGGACAUUUGCAACUGGAUCUACAAGCUGCAGGUGGUGCCGAAACCGGGCGAACGGGGGUACGGUGGCAUCCAGGGGUCCAGCACGUUCGAUGUGAUCGGAACGCCCGACUCCUGCGGGCUGCAGCUCUACCGGUGGGGCCAUCUCGCCAUCACGUACACGGGUAUUGCCGUGCUGGUGGCGCUCGGGGACGAUUUGUCGCGCCUCAAUCGGCGGGCCAUCAUCGAGGGUGUGGCAGCGGUCCAGCGGGACGACGGUAGCUUCAGUGCGACGAUCGAGGGCAGCGAACAGGAUAUGCGGUUCGUGUACUGUGCGGCGGCGAUCUGUGCCAUGCUGAACGAUUGGGGCCGUGUCGAUCGCAAAAAGAUGGCCGACUACAUACUCAAAAGCAUCCGCUACGAUUACGGCAUUAGCCAGCACUACGAGAUGGAAUCGCACGGCGGCACCACGUUUUGUGCGAUCGCGGCCCUGGAGCUGAGCGGCCAGCUGCACCUCCUUUCGGCCGACACGCGGGACAAGAUCAUCCGGUGGCUGGUGUUUCGCCAGCAGGACGGGUUCCAGGGCCGGCCGAACAAACCGGUCGACACGUGCUACUCGUUCUGGAUAGCGGCCACGCUCAAGAUACUGCACGCGUUCGAGCUGACCAGCUUCCAGGCCAACCGGGACUACGUGCUGUCGACGCAGGACCCGACGGUCGGCGGGUUUUCCAAGUGGCCCCAGGCCUACACCGACCCGUUCCACUCGUACUUUGGGCUGUGCGGGCUGAGCUUCCUGAACGAGCCGGGCCUGCAGGAGGUGAUGCCGAGCUUAAACAUAUCGAUGCGUGCCUACCGACGGUUGCAGGAGCUCCAGCGCAACUGGACGCUGCUGGAGGAGGGACUGGCCGCCGGCAAUGGGGAGGUUACCGUGCACAUAGAGUAGGAGGAGCGGUGGUAGUGGAAAGGGCGCACUCAGAGACCGACACACACACACAAAAGGAGGAGGAACAUAGAGCGCACAGAGAGCUGUUUGUUAAAAUUUGUUUUGUUUUUUUUGGGAUAGUUUUCGUUGUUUUAGAUGCAAUUUUUAAAAGAAAAUAAUAGAUAAAAAAAACGGGAUAGAGAUAUUUAUUUUUCGCGCUUUUGCAAUUUGCUACCAUUAGGCAUUAGGUUUAGGACAACAUCAUCAACAUAUUCCAUCGGUGCCGAACACAUACGCCCAAGCGUCGCCAAAACGCUCAUAAAAUUCAGUAGAUAAGUUAUUUGCUUUUAUCAAAAGACACACAAUUUUAUGCCUCACCAUCAGUCCGUUGCGAUCAGUUUGCGAGAGUUAGGCGAGCGAAAUGGGAGCAUAACCACAACCCCCAAAAGGCACAACUACUACUAUUUAAGUUAAUAAUAAUAAUACUUCGUCCGCUUCGAACACCGUUUCGAAUGUACUAAUAGAGAGAGAUUGUGUAUGUGGUGUGUAGAAACACUGCGGGAUUUGGGGAUACAUAAAAACGAAUCAAACAAACAGUAGAGAACAGUAGUGAUUAAGGCAGAUAGUGCUGUAAGGAAGAAGGGGAAGAAAAAUAAAAGCGAAAUAUUUUAGUGACACAAA